UUUCUUAUUCAGUGAAAUUUUAAUCAAUUUUUUCAACUGUAAAUUAAAAAUGGCAAAUUUUGAAUUGACAACUUCGAUGAAAGAAAAUAUUAAAACUUUUCCAAAACAAUUACAGGAUAAAGUUUUCGAAUGGCUUGAAUGGGAUAAGGACGUUCAAACUUGGAAUGAAAUUGCCAAAUUAAUCGAUUCCAAUCAAGUGGAACGUUUAACCAAAUUAUUACUUGAACGACAAUGUUUUGGUACGGCUGGUAUACGUGGUAUUAUGGAAACGGGUUUUAAUGGCCUAAAUAAUUUGGUCAUCAUACAAACAUCACAAGGUUUGGCAAAAUAUGUAAAACAAUUGCCCACUACUGCUAAGGAAUUAUUGGUGGUAAUCGGCUAUGAUGGUCGCCAUCAUUCAUUGGAUUUUGCACGACUUACAACGAAUGUUUUUCGCAAUGCUGGAUUUAAAGUGGCAUUAUUUUCGAAAAUUGUACCGACACCAUUCGUUGCAUUUGCGACAAAAUUAUUGAACGCUUCCACAGGCAUUAUGAUUACAUCAUCACAUAAUCCUAAAGUUUAUAAUGGCUAUAAAGUUUUUGGCAAUAAUGGUGCACAAAUUUUAUCGCCACAUGAUUCAAAUAUACAAAUUUCUAUAUUGGCAAAUCUAAAACCUUGGAAUGAUCAAAUAUGGGACAUUUCCAAUAAUAAUUUCAAUUAUGAUGGUAUUCAAUUAUUUGAUCCAUUACAACAAGUAUCUGAACAAUAUUAUAAACAUUUAAUGAAUUGUUCUACACGCCAUGAUUUGGUAAGCAAAUCGGAUUUGAAAAUAACCUAUACAUCAUUACAUGGUGUUGCCCAUGAAUAUUUGGAAAAAAUGUUCCAAGAAUUUGGUUUUAAAAAUCAUUUUGCCGUUGAAUCACAAAAAAUGCCUGAUCCUGAAUUUCCUACCGUUCAUUUUCCUAAUCCUGAAGAAGGACAAGGUGUUUUUGAUGAAUCAUACAAGACUGCCGAAAAAACUGGAAGUUCAUUGAUAUUUGCUGUCGAUCCUGAUUCAGAUCGUUUUUGUAUGGGAGAAAAACAUGAUGAAUGUUGGCGUAUCUUUAAUGGUAAUGAAAUAGGCGCAUUACUUGGCUGGUGGAUAUGGAAUGAAUUUUGUUCAUUGAAAAAAAAUUGUGACAAUAAUUUUAAAAAAUCUGAUUGCUACAUGAUUUCAUCGGCUGUUUCAUCGAAAAUUUUACAAACAUUUUCAAAACAAGAAGGAUUCAAUUUCCUUGAAACAUUGACUGGAUUCAAAUGGAUGGCUAAUGUUGCAUUCGAUUUAGAAAAAGAAGGAAAACAAGUUCUGUUCUGUUUUGAAGAAGCAAUUGGAUUCAUGGUUGGCACAAAUGUUUACGAUAAAGAUGGAAUUUCCGCUAUGGCCACUAUGCUACAAUUUGCAGCAUAUUUACAUUCGAAAGGGCAAACAUUUUUGGACAAAUUGAAUGAAAUCUAUCGCACAUACGGUUUUCAUUAUAGUCUCAAUUCCUAUUAUCAAUGCUAUGAUGGUGAUAAAAUUCGACAAAUUUUCAAUCGUAUGGCCAAUAUUGAUGGCCCUAAUUCGUAUAUAAAACAAGUCAAUGGAAUCAAAUGUGUUCGUGUUCGUGAUCUAAUCCGUGGUUUUGAUUCAUCAGCUAUAGAUCAAAAGGCAACAUUGCCACCGAAUUAUAUGAUAACAUUGUUUUUUGAAAAUGGUUCCGUAAUCACUUUACGAACCAGUGGUACGGAACCAAAAAUUAAAUAUUAUUCCGAAAUUGUUGCUCAACCAGUGGAAAGUGAUUGGGAAAAAAUCAAAAACAAUCAUCGAGAAUUGAUCGAAACAACCGUACAAUUGUUACUACAACCCGAUCUAAAUGGUCUGAUUGCUAAAAAGGAUUGAAAACUUUUCAAACGUUUUUUUUUUCAUUAAAAAUUCU